AUGUCUUCCGCCGCGCCCAAGAUCAAGCUGUACACCAACCACGGCUGCCCAUGGGCUCACCGUGCACACAUCGCCCUCGCAGAACUGGGCCUCCCCUUUGAGGAAGAAAUCAUCGACCUCUCGGUGCCCCGCACAAAGGAGUACCUGGCCAUCAACCCGCGCGGCCUCGUCCCCUCCCUCUCCUACGAUGGCGAAAUCAUCACAGAGUCCGCCAUUGUCAGCCAGUUCCUCGCCGACGCUCACCCGUCCCACCUCGUCCCCGCCCCGGGCAGCAAGGACGCCGCCCUGCGCCGCGCACGCAUCAACUUCUUCGUCGACACCUACUUUAGCAAGGCUAACUCGUCGCUGUACAAGCUGCAGCUCGCAAAGUCGGAAGCAGAGGCGAAUGAGGUUGCGGCUGGGUUCAUUGACGUUAUCGCCAAGGAGGUUGAGCCGCUGUUGAAGGAUGCGAGUCCGUACUUUGGCGGCAGUGACAAGGUUACCUUGGCCGAGGUCCUUACAGGCUCAUUCACACUGAGGCUGUUCUCGUUUGCAAACUACGAGCUCAUCCCCAAGAGUAUCCUGACGUCGCUGGAGGACAAGGCGCCCAGCUUCUACAGGUGGGCGCAGACCGUCAACAGCACGCCUAGCGUCAACGGUAUCUACGAUGAGAAGAAUGUGGUUGAGCGGACCAAGCACCGUAUCGCUGCCAUGAAGGCUGCGCAGGCUUGA